UAGUCAAAUAGAAGCAGACACGAACUGCAUACAAAACGCGAGUUGGUUACAAACAGUGUUAGCACGAGGCUUGUUGUAAUUUUUUUAAUUCAAUAUAUUUCAAUAUGAUGGAUCAAAUACUGCAAUUUCUUGAACCUCUGAAAUAUUCAGUUGUCGCAUUGCCACUAUCAUUGGUAGUUUAUUACAAAGUUUAUCAACACAUGAAAAAAGAAUGGAUUAAACAAUAUGCAGGAAAAUCUGAAAAAUGUGCAUCAUCUGAUAAACCUGUGGAUACAUCUUACAGUAACUUAUCAGAGCAUUCAAGUGAUUUUGAGACAGACGACGAUUCAGAUAUGGAUCAUGAAAAUUAUUCUAAACUGGUCUUAGUUAUCAGAAAUGACUUGAAAAUGGGCAAAGGCAAGGUUGCAGCACAGUGCGGUCAUGCCUCUGUUGGUGCAUACAGAUUAGCUGUAAAACGUCCAAAUGUUCUCAAAGCAUGGGAAGCCUGCGGGCAAACAAAAAUCACACUAAAAUGUGACUCUGAGGAACAAAUGAUGGAACUCCAUCAAACAGCUAAAGCAAUUGGACUGAUAUCUCAUGUUGUUCGUGAUGCGGGUCAAACACAAGUGGCACCUGGCAGUAAAACUGUUUGUGCUAUUGGACCUGGACCAGCUGACCAAAUUGAUCAAAUCACAGGCCAUUUAAAACUUUACUAAAGUAUGAUGAAGACUUCUAUAGAAACUAAGGCUUCUAGACAAACAACCAUCUCAUCAUUGUCAUUUUUUAAUCAUCUAAGUAUUGUUUAAUAAUAGAUAAAUCAAAAUAAUGUACAAAGAAUCUAUGUUGCGAUAAAACAUAAACUUCAUAAAUUAUGAAUGUACAAAUUUGUACAUAAAUCAUGCGAAGCGUUAUGAUAAAUGAAA